AUGAUCAUGAUGCCCACUAGCCCCCACGGAGGUAGCCUUGUUGUCGCGCCUGCGCCAACGACGCCAAUCACGCGUGGCCUCUGGUCCGAGCAGGAGCACGAACAGUUCCUGCAUGCCAUGAAGAUGUUCCCGACGGGACCAUGGCGCUCCAUCGCCGCCUUUAUUGGUACGCGAUCUAUCAAGCAGGUGCAGACGCAUGCACAGAAAUACCAGCAGAAGAUUAACCGCCGACGACGCGGUCUGCGCAAACAGAAGAAGAAAUUCGUGCGCCCCGAGCACCGCGUGGACGCUCAUGCAACGGGCUGCAUUCAGCGCGUGAAGAAUUUUACAGUGCAGGGCUCGCCACGCUCGCCGUCGGCCUUUCCAGUCGGGGACAUGUCACCGUUAAGCUGCGGAUUUGGAGAGCUGCUGACUGGCGAUUGCAGCCCUUUGGAACCGCUGCCGUACACGUCCGAAGUGUCGUUCGACCAGGUGCUGGCCGACGACGCCUACCGACAAGACGUGCAGGAAUCUAUCGACCUGCUUCUUGCCUAA